AUGUGCAAAAUCAUAAGGGCGAUCAAAGCUGCUAAGUCGGACAACAUUACUGUGCUACCUAUUGUAGGCAUUCUAGGAGUUAGGAAGACAGCUUUAGCUAAGCUUGUAUACAAGGAUCCACGUGUUGAAAGAAAAUUUGAGCGGAUAUGGGUUUGGGUGUCCAACAUCUUUGAUGAAGUAAGAGUGACAAGGGAGAUCUUAGAUGUUGUUACUAUGGCCAGCCAUGAAGGAUCUCGCAACAGAGAAAGCUAUGAAGGUGUAAGCAACUACUCAAAGCUUCUAGAGGUCUUAAAGAAACAUAUGGCUUGUCUGUCCAAAAAGUUUCUACUUGUUCUAGAUGAUGUUUGCGACUGCAUGGUGAAUUCCCUAUGGAAAGAUCUAUUGGAUGCUUUGGGAUCAAGUUGCACAAAGGGUAAUGUGAUUAUUGUGACAACUAGGAAUUUGUCCAUUCCAAAAAGGCUAGGUACAAUCAAACCAGUUGAAUUAAGAGCUCUAGGAAAUAAUGCUUUUUUGCAAUUGUUUAGAGCUUGUGCAUUUGGUGAUAACAAUUAUAAAGAGCAUCUAGACACCAGCCUACAAAUAUGUGCAAAGUUAAAGGGAAACCCAUUAGCAGCGAAAAGUGCAGUGGAAAUGUUAAGAGAGCAGCCUACUCUUGACCAUUGGAAAACGUCAUUAAGAAUGGUAUUUGGGAAUCUCUGCAGCUCCGUGGAGGCAUCGUGA